GCGGCUGCCGUCCAGGCCGGGCGCAGCAGGAAGCGCGGGGAGGUGCCGCCGCGAUGGAGUUCUCCGAGGAGACGCUGAGGACGCAGCUGGUUAAGUAUAAAUUCCGGGACCUGACCAUAGAAGAAUUGAAGAAUGUUGUUAAGAUCUACCCAAACUUCAGAUUCUCCAUGGAUACAUACACUUUCAAAGACGGAUCCCUUAAAGACCUCUUGAAUUUUAGUGGCACUAUUCCAGUGAAAUAUCGGGGUAAUUCCUAUAACAUACCAAUUUGUUUGUGGAUUUUGGAUUCUCAUCCUUUUGCUCCUCCCAUUUGCUUUCUGAAACCAACUAUAAACAUGGAAAUCUCUGUGGGAAAACAUGUAGAUGCACAUGGCAGGAUAUACUUACCCUAUCUACAAAACUGGAGCCACCCAAAGUCAAUUAUCAUUGGAUUAAUCAAAGAAAUGAUUGAAAAGUUUGAGGAAGAGCUACCUCUGUAUUCAGUAUCAUCUUCUGAUGAAGCCAAGCAGCUAGAACUGCUAUCCUAUAUUGCAAAGAUAACUACAGGUGAAACUGACAUGAAUUCAAAGACUAUGGUGGGUGGACAGAAAAAAGAUGGAGGCUUUAACAAAGUUACUGUGAUUGGAGCAGGAGAUCUUGGCAUUGCUUGUGUACUAGCAAUUGCAGCAAAGGGUGCUGCAGACCAGGUAGUUCUCUUGGACCUCUCAGAAGGUGCAGCAAAAGGAGGAACAAUGGACCUGGAUAUCUUUGCUCUGCCAAAUGUAGAGAUCAGCAAAGAUUUUUCUACUUCUGCUGAUUCAAAAGUGGUAGUGCUCACCGUUAAUUCUCUGGGUAAUGCUCAGUCGUAUCUUGGUGUCAUACAGAGCAACGUGGAUCUAUUCAGAGGAAUAGUCCCAGCAGUAGCACAUUAUAGUCAAAAUAGUGUGCUGCUUGUUGCAUCUCAUCCAGUGGAAAUAAUGACAUAUGUCUCAUGGAAGCUGAGUGCAUUUCCUAAAAGCAGAGUUAUCGGAAUUGGUUGUAAUCUAGACACUGAGAGAUUCCAAUAUAUUAUCACAAACUUGUUGAAAGCACAGACCAUAGGAAAAGAGGCUUGGAUUAUCGGCGAACGAGGGGAAGACAAAGUGCCUGCAUGGAGUGGUUCUAACUUAGUAACAUGUCAUCAAACUGAAGGAGUAGUGAAUGAUAACUCUCAGGAGCAGUUGGCGAACAGAGCCAUGGAAGUUCUUAAGGGAAAAGGUCAAAAGUCCUGGUCUGUUGGGCUGUCAAUAGCUGAUCUGAUUGAAAGUAUACUGAAAAAUAAAAGAAAGGUUCAUUCCAUAUCAACGCUGGCAAAGGGGUGUUGCAAUAUAAACAGUGAAGUAUUUUUAAGUAUGCCAUGUAUUCUUGGAACCAGUGGAGUGACUGAAAUUAUCAAACCACUGAAGGAGGAUAAGUUGGUGGCAAAAAAACUGCAAAGCAGUGCAGCAUCAAUUCAUGAUCUUCAACAGCAAUUGAAACUUUAAACACAAUGGAAUCAUGCAAUAUCUGCUCAUGAAAAUGCUGGGUUUGCUAAGGAAAAAUGUUUCCUUGGUAGAUAUAGGUUUCUGCAAACAGAAGAAUUAUCAUUUCCUUUCACAACUGUG